UAGGGUUUGGAGGGAAGCAUGGCGGAUGCUGGCGGCGUUACAGAGAAGCCGAUGAGGAUCUUUGUUGGCGGAUUGGGUGCGGGAGUGACCGCCGAGGAUAUGGAGAAGACCUUCUCGUCAUUGGGAAGCGUUGCUGCUGUUCAACUGGUUCGAACCAAUGGGCGCAGCUUUGCCUACAUGGAUUUUCAUCCCAACUCCGACAAAUCCCUCGCCCGGCUAUUCGCUAAUUACAAUGGAUGCAUGUGGAAGGGGGGAAAGCUUAGAGUUGAGAAGGCUAAAGAACAUUACCUUGCUCGUUUGAGUCGAGAAUGGGCAGAAGAUGCAAAAUUGAAUACAACCUCUUCCACCCCUCUUGAUCUUAAUUUGGAUAAGAACCCGAAUACAUCAAACAAUCCUCAGAUUUUGAAUCAGGAGAACAUGCAAUUGAAUAUUUACUUUCCAAAGUUAAGAAAGGUCAAGCCAUUACCCUUUAAAGGAACAGGAAAGCACAAGUAUAGUUUCCAACGUAUUGAGGUUCCUCCCCUCCCGAUCCAUUUUUGUGAUUGUGAGGAGCACAGUAUGUUUCCUGAAACUUUUAGUCAAAAGCAUUUAUCUCGUAGUAACUCUGUGAUGCACAAGAAAGAGCUAAGCAUCAUGACGGCUGUGAUGGACAAGAUUUUUAAGAUGGAUGGAAGUGCUUCAGACAGACAUACUACAUUAGAUAUAGAAUCAAACAAGUCUGUCCCAUUAGACAAUGAGUAUAUGUUAGAGGAUUCAGAUGAAGCUAGCCCGUCCGAUCCAGACAACCUUCUUACCAACAUUGGUUUGCAACACCAGGGAGAUGAUGCAUUGGACCAAAUACUGUUAGAAGUGGAGGAUCUACUAGAACAUCAGGAAUCAAAAUCAAGCAAGCUAUAUCCGUCCAAGGAUGGCAUCACUGGAACCAAUAUAAAGUCCUGUAAAAAGCAGCACACUUGUGGUACCAGUGCUCCCAUAAAUCCAUUGGAACAAAAAUCCUGUGUAGUGUUGGAAGUAAAAGUUGCUGAAGUUGACCAUGUGCCUAUUUCUCUGAGGAAGAAAACCUCUAAAAACUGUAUGAAAGAAGUGGAGAUGCCUGCAGAUGCUCUUCCUAUGCAAAGUAAGGCUGAACCAAGCGAGAACAUAGAACCAUCUAAAGGCCAUUCUUGGCAACAGAAGAGCUCAUGGAAAGAUCUUGUCGGAGAGGUGGACAGUAGUUCAUUCAGCAUAUCUCAUGUUAUUCCCGCCAUCAAUUUGGCAGCACAAAAUUCACCAAUUUCUAAUGGUUCAGAUCUUGACAUGUCAGUUGUCCGAAAGAAGGGAAAGGUUCACUUUAACAAUGAAUUGGGAGUUAGGCAAAGAAAAUCCCUGGCAAAGCUUGCUGCAUCUACUCUUGUUGAAAAGACAGAAAAUGAUAAUAAAGUUAAAGAGAGUCCUGGAGAAGCAUCAGAAGCUGAGCCCGGGAAGAAAGGUUCAAUCAGGGCUGGUACUCAUGUAAAUAUGUUGGACCUUAAAUUCCCCACAGUGCAGGAAGGAAAAGCUGCCGACGAUGAAAGAAUGACUAUUUCACCCAGGAAGAGAACCCCUCAAAACUUUGUGAAAGAAGUGGAGAUGCCUGAAGAUACUCCUGUGCAACGGCAGACUGAACCAAGCAAAAACAUGGAACCAUCGAAAGGCCAUACCUGGCUGCAGAAGAGUUCCUGGAAAGAUCUCAUUGGAGAGGUGGGCAAUAGUUCAUUCAGCAUUUCUCAUGUUAUUCCAGGCACUAAUUCGACUGCACAAAGUUCACCAAUUUCCAAUGGCUCAGAGUUUGCCACAUCAACUGUUCAAAAGAAGAGAAAAGUUCAGUAUAACAAUGAAGUUUCAACAUAUGUGGAAGGCCAUAAAAAAUCCCUGGCAAUGCAGGUUGCACCUACUCAUGUUGACAAGACAGGAAACAGUGAUAAGGCUCAAGAAAAUCCAGAAGUGGCACAAGGAGAAGCUGGGAAGAAAAGUAAUUUGGCUCCGAGGAGGAUUGUACCCAAGAUUCAUGUUGGUGAGGUUUGCCCAUUCAUGAGGAAUGCUGAAUCUGAGAAGGAGUGGACUAAAGCUAAAGCUGUUUUUAGUGGACACCUCAAGAAGGGAGGCAAUGCUAAUGGUGCUAACAAAAAUGCAAAAGGCACACUAAGACACAAAGCAUAAACAAGUCAUUCACUGCAGAUGCAGUUCAAGACAGCAUGUUCAUAGUCUCACAAUUUGGAUGUAUAUUAUUCAGUAGCAGGCACCAUCAAAGGACAGUGUGCCUCCUGUGCUGCUUGAGCAAUUAUGCUCAGUAGGGAUCC